GACCCCGAAAGAACCUGCCGCUGAAACCUCUAUAAGUGAGGAUCUGUUUGAUGAAUUUGUAUAUGACGAUGAGGCCUUGGAAGAGGCCGAAGGGUAUUUCACUGAAGGGACCCUUGACGACGAACUCUUCGAAAACCCGUGGAGAACUACCGACUCCAACCCUGACCCCGAAGACGAACCAUCCUUGGAAUUGAACGCGGUAACCACCAAGGAUGUGUUCUCCCUCCCGCGAAUAAACGACCUACUCGAAGUAUUUGGUCGUGCCGCUUGGUUUACCUCCUUGGACUUGUUGUCAGGUUAUUGGCAGGUAACCAUUAGUGAAAAGGACAGAGAAAAAACUGCGUUUGGGUCCUGUUUAGCACUUACGAGUUCGUUGUCAUACCGUUUGGUCUCUGUAACGCUCCCGCCACCUUCCAACUUUUUGGGCCACGUCAUUGGUCGUGAUGGAGUCCGUCCUGACGACGGAAAGGACUUGCGUCCUAUUAUCAGAAGUUUAUUGCAAACUUCGCCUCGAUCGCCCGCCCCUGCAUUAUCUGUUGAGGAAGGAUGUUAA